GAGCACGGACGCGUUAUCGAUCACUGCGACGCGUUUUGUCGCGUUCUAAACGCCGAUGUGAUCGAUUAAAGGCCAUUGUGACGCGUCGCAGUGAAGUAACGCUCUGCUCCGGUUUGACCCUCGAGCUGACAGACUAAUAAAGUAUGGCACCGAAGAAGGGCGAGAAGAAGAAGAGCCGCUCGGCCAUCAACGAGGUGGUGACCCGCGAGUACACCAUCAACAUCCACAAGCGCAUCCACGGCGUCUCCUUCAAGAGGAGAGCUCCUCGUGCGCUGAAGGAGAUCAGGAAGUUCGCGGUGAAGGAGAUGGGCACACCUGACGUCCGCAUCGACACCCGUCUCAACAAGGCUGUGUGGGCCAAAGGUGUCCGGAAUGUGCCGUACCGCAUGCGUGUGCGUCUGUCCCGCAAGCGUAAUGAAGACGAGGACUCCCCGAACAAGCUGUACACCCUGGUCACCUACGUCCCUGUCACCACACACAGAGGUCUUCAGACGGUUAAUGUGGAUGAAAACUAAGUUUCUCUUCAUGCUUGUCAGAAUAAAAACAUAAAAGGA